CACAGUUAUAGUUGACUGUAGCCACAGAAAAACUUGAUGUCUGACGGAGGCAUAAAAAUGAGUCAGCCAGCAGAAGAUUCCUUUGAACAAGAGUUGUUUUGGUGCAUCGAACAACUUCAGCAAUCACUAGACAUAUUAAAGCCAAGCUCAAAACAAGCUGAGGAUGCCAGCAGGUACCUGAAAGUGUUGUUGAGUGCUAAAGCUCCCCUGAUCAAGAAGAGACAGGCCAUGAGAAAUGCCUUUGGUGAUUACAGAAAGAAGAUGCAAGAAAUGGAAAGGAAAUCUACAGCUGUUGCCAAGAGAGCAAAGCUGUCUAGUGGGGAAGUGGGCGAAGGAAAGGGCCAAAAAUCACUUUUCUUCAAGAGAAGCUUAGCAAAAACAUCUAAAUCAACUAAUUCUUAUGUUGGUGAUCAUUUGCAAAAUGAACCAGACACAUCAAGUCCUGCCAGUGUUGGUAACCAGUCUAAAUGCACACAUUCCUGUGAGAGUAACAACCAGUCUUCCAUAAUGCAAUCAUGUGACAAUUCAAACCAAUCAAGCGUUGGAAAAGAAGGAAGUGGUGAUGUGGAUGCAACAAAUGGUCUUGAUGCCAACUUCAAAUUCAAUUUCACUAUCAGUGAUGACAAUGAUCCAGAUAGUAAUAAACCACAAGAAAAGAAGGACAAGGAAAGCAUUCAGACAUUAGGGGUUUCUACAUUCAAGAAAAGUGACAACUCUUUUAAAUUCAAUUUUGAUCUUGCAUCAUCAUAAUUUUGGUUCAGUUUUUCAUUUACCAUUACCAUCAUUAUAAUGUAUAAGUUAUAAAUUGUAUAAACAAUCAAUCAAAACAGUUUUCAUGUCAUUAGUUCAAGCAUUGAUACUCUCCUUCACUCAAUAGAGUCUUGUUGAGGUUAAACUUAUACCCUUUGAAACUAAACACAUUUCUGCUCAAAUUCUGGCCUCUCACUGAUACACUCAAGUCAAUAUCAACUCAUUUAACAACACAACAGCACAGACUUCGCUCAAAACCUAAGAAGCCUUUGUCCAAUCAACACCAAAAAUUAGAGUAGGUGCUGGCAUAGUAUCUCGAUACAAUUCGAUAACCAGCCAUAUACCGCUUGCGUCACUUAAGCGUAAUCGCCCUUUAAUUAUUCAAAUGACCUAAAAUACAUGUAGGUCUUGUCCGAUCAAUUACUUACCAAGCCUUUUUCUAUCAUCAGCAAAUUUGGUCAAAAUUUCUUGGUCAGGUUCGAUAACAAGCCAUGUCACCUGGUACACUCCUGAGUCAUGACCCUUGAAAUGGCAAAAAAAACCAGUCUUUACAGUGUUUGCUCUAUAAAUUUGAUUUUAUUUACAACCACUUAUCACCAAACCUGAUGUCCUUUUAUUAUGACAGGUGUAUUUUGAACAGUUGGCAUUUUUGUUAAAAGUGCAUUCCCUGUAACCAUAUAUUUAUAAAUAUAUUUCAUCAAUAUUCUAAGGUAAACUAAAUUUGAUCAAAAAAAAUAAUUGAGUUAUUGGGAAAACAUGCGAGACUUAAAAUCUUGCUUUACUGUUAUGAAGUUAAAUGAGUUGAGAUUGAUAUUUUGAUUAUGUUUGUAAUAUUAGGGUCUGGGCAUGCUGAACAAUCUAAUGAACAGCACGAAAUAUUAACUUAAUGUAUUCACAAUUUUGUUUUUUCGAAAUGCAAAUUAAACAUAUGUUUAACCAAA